GAACUAAAGGCAAGGCGCCCUUUAAAGUAAUCCUUUCUGUCAAUUUGCUUUUUUUAAGAAUGGCGUCGUUUUUGUGGAAGUUGAAAAGCAGAGAAUAGAAGAAGAAGAUAAAAGUAGCAAAAGAAAGAAAUUAACAGAGAGAAACACAACAGAAACAGAGUGUUUGUUUGUUCAAUCUAUCAAUCAACCAUGGCCAUGCAAGUUAUUCAGGGCCUGGAUUGGUUUCUCUAACUUCGUUUCUUCUUCUUCACAAGCCAUUUAGAUUUGGUGGAGUUGAGACUUAGAGAUGGAUUUUACAGAGUCCACAAAGGCUGUCUACAAUAGAAUACAGAAACUAGAGCCUGAAAAUGUCUCAAAGAUUAUUGGGUACCUCCUUUUACAAGACCAUGGUGAACGUGACAUGAUUCGUUUGGCGUUUAGCCCUGAUCAUUUGAUCCAUUCUUUGAUCAUUGAAGCCAAAUCAAAACUUGGCUUAUGUAAAUCUGCAGUUUCACCUCCAAUCUCACCUUCUCAGGUGAGUCCAGCAUCCGCUGCUGAUCUCCCUUUACAAUUUACACCUUUCUCGCCUACUUCAACGCACCCAGUUUCCUCUCCUGUAACUAUGAGAGCUGCCAGUCAUUUCUGGGAUCAACUAGUGACUGCUGAUCAACAACAACAGGUCAAUGAUAGGGAUUUUGUCCAACAAGCAUACUCCAAUUCGGUUGCUGAAGAUUUUCGUCUUCAAAACCAAAUGCAGUUCUUGACAUUGGAAGAUAAGAUAGAAUCAGUUAACUCUGUCAAUUCAGAUUUCUCAAGCAACUACUUCUACCCAGAACCUGCUUUGGGUGCAAGAACCAGUCGGAGGUCUCCAAGCUUGCCCGAGUUUCCUGUUAAAGUUUGCCAUUACUUUAAUAAGGGAUUCUGUAAGCACGGCAACAACUGUAGGUACUUCCAUGGCCAUCCUAUGCCAGAGAGCUUUUCUCAGAUUUUCAGCCCAAGUUCAAACGAGAUUCACAAUGAAGACCAUGUCUUCUCACCAGGGUCUCUUGAAAAGCUAGAAUUGGAACUCACUGAACUUCUGAAGUUAAGGAGAGGGUUUCCUGUAUCAAUUGCCUCUUUACCAAUGAUGUAUUAUGAGAAGUAUGGUAAGACCCUUCAGGCUGAAGGGUACCUUACUGAGAGCCAGAGACAUGGUAAGGCUGGUUAUAGUCUAACAAAGCUUCUUGCUCGUUUGAAGAACAGCAUUCGUGUCAUUGACAGGCCUCAUGGGCAGCACUCGGUUAUUUUGGCUGAGGAUGUACCAAAGUACCUAGACUAUGCUGGUGAAAGAAGUGAUCCUGGUGGAAUUGUUGCUGGUUCUCGACAGAUAUAUCUUACUUUUCCGGCUGAAAGUACUUUUACAGAAGAGGAUGUUUCCAACUACUUCAGCAAAUUUGGGCCUGUGCAAGAUGUUAGGAUUCCAUGCCAACAAAAGAGGAUGUUUGGGUUUGUCACUUUUGUUUUUGCGGAUACAGUCAAGCAAAUUUUGGCUAAGGGGAAUCCCCAUUUUGUAUGUGGAGCUCGUGUAUUGGUGAAACCUUACCGGGAAAAGUCAAGGUUUGUUGACAGGAAGUAUACAGAAAAAGUGCAACACCCUAUGUUUUAUGGCCAACAGUUUAUGGAUGGUGAUUCUGAGGUUCACUCGAUGCCAAGAGUUUGUGAUAAUUCGAGAUUACUCAGGAAGCAGCUGAUGGAGGAACAGGAGCAAGCAUUUGAAUUUGAGAGAAGGCGCUUUUCAGAGAUGCAUUUAGCACCUAAACCGUUGACUCAUCACUCCUACUUUGGCUACUCAAUGGAUGAGUUGAAGCUGUCAGGAGCCCGUGGAGAACAAGCAGAAUUUCCUUCGGCAGAGCGAUUCAAUUAUUUGUUGGAUGUACUCAAUAAUGGUUCCACCAGUGAGGACAAUGUCACGCAUAUGAAUACCCGUUAUAAUGAUCAGGAGAGUAAUCAAGGACUUAAUCUUCCUGAGAGCCCAUUUGCAUCUCCAAUAGGAAGCGGUAUUUCAACAGUUAUAUAGAGAUUCAGACACAGAAGAAUUAUAGAGGUAGAAGACCAGAGUUGGAAGAAGAUUAUUUUCGUGGGGUUUUAAUACAUGAGAAGUUUAUUUUUCUUGCCAUACCUCAACGUGGUCGAUCAGUCAGCUGCACAGUGCAUACCAAAAGGAGAGACAAUAGUACAAGUUCUUUCUCCAUGUUUACUUGGUGGAGAAGAUUACAAAGAAAGAUGAUAUAGAAAUCUAAUAUGUAACAGGUCUUUAUUUUUCUCUUUUUCCCUUACCUGAAUCAAUUAAUGUAAUCACAGAAAGUAAUUAGCCAGAGAGCUUAUUGGUCUUUAGAAGAAAAUGUAAAAUAUAGUCUUUCUCUAGUAGAGAGGAAGUAUUAAAAAUAUAUAUAUAUAUGUGCAGGGUGCAGAGAUAAAGAAGAAAGUUGUAGAGAUCUCUGCAAUACUGACAUACAAAUUAAUGCUAAAUAAUCUAAUUUAUACAAUGCAGCUUUACUUUAGUACA